AUGGACGAAUUCGUCGACCUGACCGUGACGCACGCGCAAGACGGCGGGGAUGCGACACGUAAUGGCGCCUCGGCGGAUUGCGAACGGGAGCUUCAGGCCGUGGAGGAGGAGCUGAGGAAGGUCAACAAGCAAAUUGAAGCACUGCUCAACAGACAAAGUAGGCUACAGGAGCAGAGAGAAAGCUUGCAGAGGAGGGUGGAUGUUGAGAGGCGUGCCCCAAGAAGGGAAUGGAAGGGUGCCUUUGACUGGGACGAGGAUGUGAUGCGAGUUCUGAAAAAUGUUUUUGGGAUCCAGAACUUUAGGCCACUGCAGCAGGAAGUCAUCAACACCACACUGCAUGGCCGAGACGUCCUAUGUCUGAUGCCCAGCGGAGGGGGCAAGAGUCUGUGCUACCAGCUGCCUGCAGCAAUCUCGAACGGGGUGACCCUUGUGGUGAGCCCCUUGCUGUCCCUGAUCACAGACCAAGUCAUGGGCCUGAAGGCUGUGGGCAUACAGGCCCUCGCGCUGAUGAGCUUGCUGUCAAGGGAGGAGACAACACAGGCCUACAGGGCGGUAGAUAACCCAAGCACUGGGGUCAAGAUGCUGUACUCCACACCAGAGAUGGUUAUCAAGGCAAAGCGCCUGAUGUCGAAAUUGGAGAAGCUGCACAAGGCUGGGAGGCUGGAUCGCAUCGCCAUCGAUGAGGCCCACUGCUGCAGCCAGUGGGGGCACGAUUUUCGUCCUGAUUACAAAAAGCUGGGCAUCCUCAAGCGUCAGUUUCCAGAUGUCCCCAUCAUCGCUCUCACCGCCACAGCCACACAGCGCGUCUGCAGGGACGUCACUGAGAUACUGUCAAUCGACUGCUGUGAGGUCUUCAAGAACAGCGUGAACCGACCAAACCUAUUUUACAAGGUCUGUCCCAAGCCCCACAACGAUGCCCAUGUUGUGAAGGAGAUCGCGGAGUGGGUGCAGCAAAAUUAUCCAGCGGGUUCAUCUGGCAUCGUGUACUGCCUGACAAGGAAGGACUGUGAGCAGGUGGCAACAGACCUGAAGAAGCUGGGCCUGACAGCAGAGCACUACCAUGCCAACAUGGAGCCAUACGAGAGGGAGCAGGUGCACAUGGGAUGGAGCAGGGGCACAACACAGGUCAUCGUGGCAACUAUUGCCUUUGGCAUGGGCAUAAACAAACCCGAUGUGCGUUUUGUCAUCCACCACACGCUUUCGAAGUCUAUCGAAAAUUACUAUCAGGAGUCAGGGCGGGCAGGCAGGGAUGGCCAGCCCGCAAGCUGCCUGCUGUAUUACCGCUUUGCGGAUGCUAUGAGACAAGCCACGAUGACAUGCAUGGAGCACGGAUGGGAAAAGAACCUUGGGGCCAUGAUGUACUAUGCAGCCGCCGAAGGGAAAUGCCGCAGGGCUGUGUUGCAAGGGCAUUUUGGUGAAGCCCCCUCACCGUGUGGCGGCAUGUGUGACUAUUGCCAGGGUGGCAUGGAAGCUGCUGGGAUGGACCGGCUGGAUGUCACAAAACAUGCACAAGGCGUGGUUGAGAUCUUGAACAAUGCUGUGGACAGACAGCUCACAUUGCUGCAGGUCAUCGAGCUGUUGAAACCCAGCAAGUCCGCAGGAGCCGAUGGAAGAACGCUUAGCAGGGAGACCAAGGAGCGUAUCAUCGCGCAGAUGGUGUACGAACAAUACCUUGUGUUCGACUUUAAACACACACCCUACAGCACCAACUGCUAUCUGAAGUGCUCACGUUCGAUUGGGCGCUUGGAGCAUGGAGGCGCAAAGGUCUUCAUCAAUGCAGCCAUUACGUCACCAGAGCAGCCCUCCAGGCGGCGCAGCACGGCACAAAAGCGCAAGGAUCCACUUGUGGAGGAGUUGAUGGCACUUAGAUCGGAUCUGGCCUCCAAAGACGAUAUUUUCCCCCAUGCGGUGCUGACUACAGAUCACGUUCACAACCUUGUGCUGAACAUGCCGCCUACCAUUGCUGACCUGGCACUCGUGAUCGGGGAGCGAAAGGCAGAUCACUACGGGUGCCAGAUAUUGGAGGUGCUGGGGCGUGAUAGGAGUGGAGAGUCUGCAAAAAAGACCCCAAAGAAAUCGAGGUUGAGGCUUGAGAAGACUCCUGGACGGUCGCCAUCAUCGCUUCCAGCAAGCAUUCGGGACUGGCCAGAGAGCUGA